AGACGGACUUUAAUUUUUGACACACCUCUUCAGUGACUUGUCUAAUCUAAUGAUUAGAUAAAAAUAAUUUGAUCUAAUCUGAACAAAUUGAUCUCUUCUUAAUUUAGGAUCAAAGCUAGCGUGUCUCUUCUUCUUCUUACUCCCAACACACAGAGAAAAAAAAAAUGGAGACACUACCAUCUUGGGAUUUCGUUAUCAAAUUGGAGAAGUUUCCAUUGUUCAAUUUACAAAAAGCGGUGUGCAACCAUGGGUUUUUCAUGAUGGCUCCCAACCAUUGGGAGCCGUCCACUAAAAGUUUUUCUCGUCCUCUGCGAUUGGCAGAUUCCAUCACUUCUGCUAUGACUUUCGUUUCACAACCUCCUGGAGAGGAUCAUCUUGUCGUUAAGGUUUAUGGUGCAAGUUUUCUUUCACUUAAGGAUGAGCGAGCCAUCCUGUCUCAGGUGAAGAGAAUGCUGAGACUCUCUGAUAAGGAUGAACAAGAUGUGGGAUGUUUUCAUAAGAUUCAUCCAGAUGCUGAGGCCAAAGGAUUUGGUCGGUUGUUUCGAUCACCAACCUUAUUUGAAGAUGUGGCCAAGUCUCUUCUUCUUCGCUUUUGCCCGUGGAAGACAUCUUUGGAUCUGGCAAAGGCUCUUUGUGAUAUACAACUUAAAAAAGUCAUGUCCAAAAGAAAGAGAACUAAUAUUACACCUAUUGGAGACUUUCCGAGUCCAGAAGAAUUAGCAAGUUUUAGAGAGGAAGAGCUAAAAGGCAAAGCGAAAUUUGGAUAUAGAGCAGCGGACUUGAUUAUCUUGGCUAAACAAGUUGUUGAUGGAAAAAUUAAUCUGUCUAAUAUUGAAAAAGACGACAUUGGUGAUGUACCAAGUGCAAGGUUUAAGCUGAAGAUAAAUGGUGCUGGUCCUUUCACCAUUGAUACUAUCAUGAUGUGUGCUGGAAUCUAUGAUAAUAUUCCAAUUGACAGCGAAACGGUGCGUCAUAUGAAAGAGCUUCAUGGACUUAAUCUGAGAAAGCGAAAAAAGGGAUCGAUUAGUCUCCUGAAAAAGGACAAACUACAACAAUUCUACAAGCGUUAUCAUCCAUUUCAGUGUUUGGCUUACUGGUUUGAACUUGCCAACUCUUAUGAAAUAAAGCUUGGCAAGACAUUAAAUGUGUUAUUGCCAUCAGAAUAUCAUCAUGCCACCGGAAACUAUGAAAAGAAGAACAAGAAGUAUUAAGGAUGGAAGCUGCAUUGAAUAUUUGGACUGAUGGUUUUGAGCAGAUGUGGUGUGUGAUGGAUAGGAUAUACGCACCGGAUGUUGCUAUAAAUUCUGCAAGAAUUAAUAUUAAGAUUUUGCAAUUGAUGGAUCGGGCUAAUUAAGAACUUCCAUUCAGAAGGUUACUUUUCGUUUUUGUUUUCUAGAGAUACUGUGUGGACUACAAAUUGAUAUUGCUGGCUUCAGAAUUUAGCAUUAUGGAAUUGGGUGCUCCAUUUUCUGUAACAUAAAGCUGCUAUUAAUCACAAUAAUAGUUAACCAACUAUAUCCAAAACUAUUGUAUUAUCAUUUCCUAUCUAACACGCAUUUUGUGACAAUAUUUGGGCAAAAAUUAAAGACCAGCAAUUUGAGGGGCAAAAAUUAAAGACCACCCCGAAUAAGGACAAUCGUGCAUAGUACAACCCAAGUGAUGGACUUCCCUAGGUCUGAAUCCAGUACCUAAAUCUGGAUGGACUUCAAUUCCUGGUGUCAACAACUCCUAGUGAAUGUGCUCUUAAUUUCAACU